GCGCUCGCUGCCGUGAGCUGCUGUCCGCUGACUGCGUGCAAUCAGUGAGUGCAGUACGCUCUACGGUGAUGGUCAGUGCUAGACCCUUAACGGACCUCAGUCAGAGUCAAUCACGACCACAACUACAACCGACCCUCUGAAUUAUUCGAGUGUCGAGAGCUCAUUAAAUUGACGGAGUACACGAAAAUACGAUUUACUGGAGAAUCUUUUCGGGUUUUGUGGUACUAUGCCAGAAUCCAAAUGCCAUUUGGACAUUCAGCCACCUGGAUCCGAAUGACACCUGUAGCCAGCCUCCGUGCUUACCAAACACUAUGCCAACAUGCUUCACAGAAAUGGAUCUUUCUGUACGUGCCGUGGACCCCGUGAGAAGGGACCUUUGAGUUUGUAGUGCCAUCGACAUCCUCCUACCUCUUCCUCUUAUCCUCUGCUUUUGUCCCUUGAGCCAUAACUUUGAUUGCUCCACCUGUACGUUAGUGUUCACUGGGAUUUUAGGAGCAUAAGCUUCUGUCAUCACUGAUCUCAUCCUCACCCUCAACGGUUACGGCAAGGCUGUUUGACAAUGGCACAGCUUUUGUCUGUUACUGUGGUUUUGACUGGAGUCUACCUUCUUCUCAGGCUCUGCGCUGGAGGGCAGAAUCCUGACCACGUGCUGCAGGGCACUGGAGUGAAGCCUGGCUCAGAUUCCAGAAGGCCCGGGGACGACUCUACUGUGGCACCAGAAGAUGCUGCCCGCUUUCUUAGCUGCUAUUGCCAAGGUCACUGCCCUGAUGACGCUAAGAACAACACCUGCGAGACAAAUGGGCAGUGCUUCGCCAUCAUUGAAGAAGAUGAAAAUGGAGACGUGAUCUUAAGCUCAGGCUGUAUGAAAUAUGAAGGCUCCCAUUUUCAGUGCAAGGAUUCUCAGUUUGCACAGACACGUCGAACCAUCGAGUGCUGCCAGUUAGACUUUUGUAAUCGAGACCUAAAGCCAGAGUUGCCACCUCGAGACUCGGAACCACCAGACCCUCACUGGCUGGCCUUCCUCAUUUCAGUGUCUGUGUGCUUCUGCACCCUCAUCUGUGUCACUGUCAUCUGUUAUUACAGGUAUAAGUGGCAGACAGAGAGGCAGCGCUACCACAGAGACCUGGAGCAGGACGAGGCCUUUAUCCCAGCAGGAGAAUCUCUGAAAGAUCUCAUCAACCAGUCUCAAACCUCAGGCAGUGGCUCUGGGCUCCCCCUGCUGGUGCAGCGCACCAUUGCGAAGCAGAUCCAGACAGUGCGCCUUAUUGGAAAAGGGCGAUAUGGAGAGGUGUGGCUUGGUCGGUGGCGGGGGGAGAAGGUAGCAGUGAAAGUGUUCUUUACUCGAGAGGAGGCCAGCUGGUUCAGAGAGACAGAGAUCUACCAAACCGUGCUCAUGAGACACGAGAACGUACUAGGUACGCUUCAUGUCAUUCAAAAUAGUGUGGUGUUUUUAAUUGUGUAUCAAUGCCAUGUUUUCCUAUGUGACGCGAUUCUCUUUAAUCUGCCCGAAGGCUUCAUUGCUGCUGAUAUAAAUGGCACUGGAGCCUCUACACAGCUGUACCUGAUCACAGACUACCAUGAGAACGGCUCUUUGUAUGACUAUUUGAAGUUCACCACUCUGGACACACAGGCCUUGCUCAGACUGGCCUACUCUGCAGCCUGUGGCUUGUGUCACCUGCAUACGGAGAUCUACGGCACACAGGGAAAACCAGCCAUUGCUCACAGAGACUUGAAGAGCAAGAACAUCCUCAUAAAGAAAAACGGCACCUGUUGCAUUGCUGACCUUGGGCUUGCUGUGAAAUUCAACAGUGACACAAAUGAAGUGGACAUCCCACUGAGCACACGUAUGGGGACCCGACGCUAUAUGGCUCCAGAAGUCCUGGACGAGACUCUGAACAAGAACCACUUCCAGGCCUACAUUAUGGCGGACAUCUACAGCUACGGGCUGGUUAUAUGGGAAAUGGCCCGACGCUGUGUCACUGGAGGUAUCGUUGAGGACUAUCAACUACCAUAUUAUGAGAUGGUGCCAUCAGACCCAUCUUAUGAGGAUAUGUUGGAGGUUGUGUGCGUCAAAGGACUGCGGCCCACCAUAUCCAAUAGAUGGAAUAGUGAUGAGUGCUUGAGGGCCAUGUUGAAGCUGAUGUCAGAAUGCUGGGCCCACAAUCCUGCAUCACGCCUGACCAUCCUACGAGUCAAGAAGACUUUGGCAAAAAUGGUGGAAUCUCAAGACAUUAAAAUCUGAUCAGCGGAGUGGCUUUUAUUUAGUUUUUGACAUCUUUGUCCCCUUCAGGAGAAACAAGCCCUCUUUUUCUGUUGGAUUAGGCAUGGUGCCUUUGCUGCUUUCUGUGAAAGCUAUAUCACUGCGAAGUUGGAUCAGAGGAUUACUGCAACAAACAAAAACAGCAGAGUGGGACCUUCUGGAGAUUUUGGGAGAGAAAGUAAACCCCACUGCCUUAAAAUACACUCAGUUGUUCUGAAUAUGUUUCUUUAGAUUCUGGGAUAAACCUCCUGCCAUAUGGAUGAAAUGCUGUUGACUUCUCAUGGAAUCUGUGUAAAGCAUACUGUGAUUUAAUGUAUGACAUGUAAAUAUAUUAUAGUAGUAAAUGAACUGAAAACAGAGCAAAACAAUAUACUAUCAAUAUAAUCUCGUUCAGUUAACAGCCGUUGUAGGAUAUCUAGAGGAAGAUUCUGUGCCUCUUGCAGCCUAAUGUGUGGCUUUUAAAAAUCUUAAUUCAACUAUAUAGUAGAUCUUCUCUCAACAUGUUCUCUGAUGAAAAUAAGUUUUUUAUGAAAUAAGACCCCUGACAGAAGUUUAAAGAUAAAGAGAUGCAUGCCAUUCAUGAUUUGUUGCAUGAAACAAUAUAUUGUUUGCAAUGUUUAAAGCAUGCCAUUUUUAACAUCCUCAGAAUAGAAAACAUUGUCAGUUGAAUCUUUCACUAAGAAUUGACCAUAUUUUUAGAAAGUAAACCAGCUGUCAAAAAGCUCAUUUUAAUUAAGAAAACUGUUCAUACUCACUGAUGUUUGCAGUCGAGUGGGAUCUCCUACUAGCAGCAAUUUGGCAAUCUUGAAUACCACUUCAGAGUUGCCAAACUCAAUGCAGUGUUUGUGGGAAGGAUAUCUGCUUUCUGGUUGGUGUGAUACAGUUGAUACAUUCCUGAGUUUCCUUCAUUCAGAGAAGCUGGUUGUUUUUUUUUGUUUUUUGGUACAGGAGGCUAUCAGUGUAAAUGUGACUUGCUUUAAAGUACAAAUAUUUAAGGAUUUGGUGAUGUUCUGAUCGUAUGUCCUUGCCAAUGUUAUUAAUCACAUUUUGAACUGUUUGUUUGUGAAGUGCCAGAAGUUGAAGGGUACGACCGCAAGUAACAUCUGUUAGUCAUCAGGUCUUAAUGUUUCAGUUGGGCUGCCAAAAUACGAUCUCGGUAACUAGUAUAGUCCAAAAUACACAUUAUUGUUACGUAACAUGUUUACAGAACUCCCAUGCAGAUUUAAUUUUAUUAUUCUUUUAAAAAAUGCAAUGUUGUAUCCCAGAAUACUUGUUAUUAUUCUUAGUGCCAUUGAAAAGACCAAUGCUAUUUGUUAAUAGCAACAAAACAACAAUUCACAAUAGCUCUUUACACCAAUAUGUGGGCCCUUAAAGACAGGAAGUGUGAAUGUACAACGCUUUGAUAAUGUCAGUGCCAGACUAAGGUGCUUUGUCAUGAUUUUAAUACAGUAUGCCCUGAAACGGCAAACGGGCAUCUCGAUUAAAACAAAACAAUUUAAAAUAUUCUGAAAAUAAAUAAUAGAUCUAAGAAAGGAAACAUUAUCUCACCUCAGCGUGGUUAACUUCAACAUACACUACAAUAUGCUAGAGAAACACUAAAUUUAGUGUAUAUGAAAAUACAUUUGUAGCUUUUACUAUACAAUCUAAAUCUAAAGAUGAAUCUGUGAAAUCUAUAUCAAAUGCUUUUCUGUGGCUGAAAAGGGAUUUUCAAAUGGACCGUCAAGUUACCAUUUGAUUGCAUUAAAGAGAAAUCUUAUUGUGACUAUUCAAAUUGUUUUGCUUCCAUCCCUUAUGGCUUCUGUUCUUCACCCGAAAACCGACAAUGCGGCUUCUCACCAUAAUUAGUUAUGAAGUAUGUUGAUUGGACAUGAGAUUUAACAUACUGUAUAUAUGUCUGUAGAUAUUUCAAUGUGCUUUUAGCCCACCUCUGUGUAAUAUAUUAAAUGACCUUUACUCUCUAAUUCGGAAAAAUGUUUUGGUUUAUUCAGCCCCAUGUUGAAAGGGUACCUUAUAAGUAGGCCUCAUACUCUGUAUAAUAUUUGUCCAUGUAAUCUUUUAAAAAAUAUAUAAUUUUAGUACACAA